CUGCCCGACCCAUCACUGUCCACAUCACGAAAGGCAAAGAGAGAGUAACUGAUAUCUUUCUUCUCCCAUAUAUUACUCACUGGGGGAUCCCAAUUUCACCAAAUCAAAUUGCCCCAGAUCCAAAAAUAGCUGCUCAUUUCCCUUAGACAAUGGGAUUCCCAUCAAACGGCACCACCAACAAGCCUCUCAAGUUCCUCAUCUACGGCCGCACCGGCUGGAUCGGUGGUCUCUUAGGGAAGCUUUGCGAGUCUCAGGGCAUCGACUACACUUACGGCUCCGGUCGCCUAGAAAACCGAGUCUCCCUUGAAGCUGACAUUGCCAACGUCAAGCCUACUCAUGUAUUCAACGCUGCUGGUGUCACCGGUCGGCCUAACGUCGACUGGUGCGAGUCCCACAAGGUCGAGACUAUUCGGACCAAUGUGGUCGGGACUCUCACGUUGGCUGACGUGUGUAGAGAAAAGGGUCUGAUUUUGAUUAAUUAUGCUACGGGUUGCAUUUUCGAGUACGAUGCGAAUCACCCUCUUGGGUCGGGCAUCGGGUUCAAGGAGGAGGAUACCCCGAAUUUCAUAGGAUCAUUCUAUUCCAAGACGAAAGCCAUGGUAGAAGAGUUGCUCAAGAAUUAUGAAAAUGUCUGUACCUUGCGUGUCAGAAUGCCAAUUUCAUCUGAUUUAUCUAAUCCCCGCAACUUCAUCACAAAGAUCACUCGAUAUGAGAAGGUAGUUAAUAUUCCAAACUCAAUGACAAUCUUGGAUGAACUGCUUCCCAUUUCCAUUGAGAUGGCAAAGAGAAACCUCACUGGAAUCUGGAACUUUACAAACCCUGGGGCGGUCAGUCACAAUGAGAUUUUAGAGAUGUAUAAGGAUCAUGUUGACCCCAACUUCACAUGGAAAAACUUCACUCUUGAGGAGCAGGCAAAAGUAAUAGUUGCCCCAAGGAGUAAUAAUGAGCUUGAUGCUGCCAAAUUGAGUAAGGAAUUCCCUGAAAUGUUGCCAAUAAAGGAGUCCCUUAUCAAGUUUGUGUUCAAACCAAAUCAGAAGACUGCUGCUGCUUGAUGCAUCAAAUCAGAGGCCCAAAUUACUGUCCAUUAAGGGAUCUCUUGUUAAGUAUGUUUCAAACCAAAGAAAUGCCACUGGUUUAUAGGUUUGACAAUUUUGUCUUCCCUUUUGCUAUUGAUUACAUCUUGUUCAUGAGGGUUCAUGUGAUGCCUCACAGGUACCUCUUUCCAAAUGACACACAUGAUUGCACCUAUUAAUAUUUGAAUGUUGUAUUUGUAACUUGAUCUUGAAUAAAUUAGUUGCAAGUGAUUUAUCAGGUUAUUAAUAUAUAUUUUUUAUAGUUCAUUACCA